GCGUACCUUGCCACUAGUUGGUGCACCCUCCUCACGAUUUACCCGAACACUUACAGAACACGUAACCAGACAUAGCCGCUCCAUGUUAAAGCCACCAUGAGCGACCCUGUCCAUCCGCUCCACGAUCUACGCGACUCCACCGUGGAGAAACCCCACGAUGCGCCAGUUACCCCCGAGAACACAUCGUCUCUGGACCUGAAGGCACUCACCGACCGCGUGCUGACCUUCCUGGCUACGUCGACGAACGAGACACUUGCAGCCUGCCUUGCAGGGCUGGGCGCCUGCACAUAUUUGAUAUUAGGCCGGGUCGGGCUGGUGUUGAUGGGCAUAGUGGGCGGAGUUGUCUUGCAUGCAACCUGGGAAGGGAGCGCUCAGGGCGGCAAUGCUGGGGCAGAGGGAAAGGGCGCGGGGGCCCGGAGACACGAGCUGGGUGUCGACGUAGCGCACAGGGUGCUUGACUGGCGGGAUACACGGUCAGGAGGGAACGAGAAGCGCGAGCAUGACCAGUCUGAGCUGAGCAUGAAGCUGUAUUCGGGCAAGAACCUGGACUUCUCGGGCUUCCAGCCAGAGACGGCAGCAGCACUCACGGAGCUGACGGACGCCGUCAUCCGGGACUACGUCAAGUGGUGGUAUUCACCUGUCUUACCCACCGAAAAUGACUUCCCCAACUCGUGCCGUCAGACGUUCAUUGCUUUCAUCCUCGGUAUAUCUGCACAUCUCUCCCGCAAGCGACCAGCCGACAACCUUAUCGACUUUGUGACACGUUCGUCUUCGUUCGCCAUUAUCAUGUUGCAGGAGAUAGCCUCGGCGACAAGCGCAUCACCGGGCGACACGCCCUCUGAAGCAGUCGACCUGUACUUGAAGACGAAGCAAGACAGCGUAUUAGCCAACAUACUCGAUUCUGACUACCAGAUGAGGCAGUUCAGCAUAGCCGCCGAGGACAUACUGCAGAACUACCUGGAGCACAAGACCUACAACUGCGUGCCAGCACGAGUGUUCCUGCACCAGAUUCUUGCCAAAGUUAUACUGGAGAUGAUUGUCGUCAGCUGUUCGAAGCCAGAAUGGAUCAACGGCUGGAUUAUAUAUCUCCUGGAAGACGGCGAACCAGAGCUCAUGAAUGCCCUCGACGCAGGCGUGGAGGGCUCCUCUACACAGCUAUCGGCUAUCAAGAACAACGUGGAAAAGCAUGAGAAGGCCUCGAACCAGACAUCAUCACCCGAGAGCAGGGAGCACAAGCGAGUUGUUAGCCGGGCACAAGAUGCCAUGGAUGAGGCCAUGCAAGAAGCACAGCGCCUAAGUCAGAUGAUCGCUGAAGAGGACGUCAAGCGUCUGAGAGAGUUGCAUAAGCAAACCACCUCGAGUUCGACUGUUAACGACGAUCAGUCGGAGAGCACAACUCAGGGAAUGGUCACCCCGACGUCGUCGCAAAGCGGAAGCCAUGCUGAGAGCGAGAUGGCAGACCUUGGCAUCUCAGGUCUCUCAACCAGUGCGUCGUCGCGAGUCGCGCCUCCAUCUCCGCCACGAGCUUCUGAAGAGUCCAAGCGAGAAGCUAGGAAGACAUUCACAAGCUUCGACCAACUCGUUCCGAGUCAGCCCACUACAGCUUUGAUGGACAACCGACCUGCUAUUGAGAAGCCUGCUCCACUAACACUCCAUAAUAGCACCAUGUCCAUCUUUGACGAUAGCUUGCCGGGAGAGAAAGGUACAAUAAAGACCAAGCCCACCGCGGAGUAUCUGAUUCAGAUUGAGCCUAAGUCGCAUCACCACACUGGCUGGAUGACAGCUCGUAAAUAUGCCGAGUUCGAGACACUACACGAGGUGAUACGUCGCAUAGCCGCCAUCACAGGAACAGCCGGCUUUACUGAAACCCACUCUGACUUACCGACUUGGAAAGGUCAUACCAAAGCGUCUCUUCGAGGGGAACUGGAGCGCUAUCUCAACGAUGCUGUCAAGUUUCAGCCGUUAGCAGAGAGCGAAGGCAUGAAGCGCUUUCUCGAGAAAGAACUCGGCUCUGGCAAGACUCCAAGCGGCGGGUUUCCCGGGAUAGGUUGGGCGGGCCAGACCUUUGACAAUAUGGGCAAGGGAGUGCUUGACGUACUCACAAAAGCGCCGAAGGAGGUCGCGGGAGGCGGUAAGGCGUUUUUCGGCAAUGUUACUGGCGUUCUAGGGAGUGUUGCGGCGCCUCUUGGAGGGUCGAGAAAGCAACGCGACUCCAUCAUCGGUGCCAGCAGCAGUACCAACGAUCUCGCUUCUGUAUCUACCACUUCUACUGCACCGAUACAGACAAGACACAGCAGAGCGGAAUCCACAGUCUCCGAACUCCCCAAGCACAUCCGCUCAGAAAGUACACUGUCCUUGGCAGCAGCAAAACGCACAUCCGUCGACUCAGUCAGGAACUCUAACUCGCCCAUUGUCGACCAGCAACCCUCGCGCGAAGCACCCAUGGAGCGCCGCGCAUCUUCCCAAUUUGACGGCGAGAACCAUCCAUCCGGCUUGUCUUCACGAUAUGGAUCCAGGAGUAACAGCCGCGCCACUAGCGUACGGGAGAGCAUGGAGCAAGACCUCAGUCCUCUGAUGGGCGGCGAUCAAAUCUUAAACCUACCACCCAUACCAAGCGAGAUUCCCGACGACUACCGCACCAACUCCCCAGCACCCAACCAACACCACCGCAACACCUCACGUGCAUCCACAACACCCCUCGCUACAACCAACGAUGUGGCCCCGCCUCUCCCCCGCCGCCCAUCUACCACAUCCCUCUCAUCGCCAUCCAAGAAACCACUCCCCACAACCACACCAGCAUCGACAUCGACAUCAACAUCAACACCACACACGCCCCUCACCCAACCCGAAACAACCGUCCUAAUCGAGCUAAUCUUUGCGGUGAUAACCUCCCUCUACACCCUCUCCUCCGCCUGGACCCUCCGCCGCACCCUCCUCAACGCAGCGAAAACCUUCCUCCUCCGCCCCUCAAACCCACAACUCCUCUCCAUCCAAACCCUGCUGCAAACCACCGUCUUGGACAAUAACGCCAGCGACGCAGGCAUGGCACAUCAUCUGCGCCAGAUACGGCAGAACGCGCUGCCCACCACCGACGAGCUAACCGCGUGGCCUGAGGAGCUUGGGCACGAGGAGAAGGAGAGAUUGAGAGUGAAGGCGAGGAAGUUGCUGGUGGAGAGGGGCGUGCCGAUGGCGCUUAUGAGUGUUAUGGGGCAGGCGGCUAGUGGGGAGGCGUUGGGGAAGGUGUUUGAUGUGUUGCAGGAGGGGAGGGUGGCGAGGGGGUUUGUGUUUGGACUUGUUUUGCAGGGACUUAGGGGGGUUACGCAGUAG